AUGAAAACACAUUCAUCUUCAAUAAAUAGUUUGAAUAAAAACGGAAUUCCAAUAAGUGUUAUAUCAUCAGGAUCACCUAUGAAUGUCAAUGAUGAAACAUCUGUUAAUGAUGUUCAAUUCAAUCAAAAUUCCUCUCAGAGAAGCUUUCUUAAGAAAUUAAUUCCAAAUUUUUUGCGAAAAAAUUCGUCAUCUGACGAUGCUGACAAUCCAUAUGCAAAUGAAUAUGCUGAUACUCAAGUUUUAGUUCAAGGAGAAAAAGUUGAUUUACAUCGAAAUUUACAAGAACGACAUAUGAUCAUGAUUGCAUUAGGUGGAACCAUUGGAACGGGAUUAUUUUUAGCGUCUGGACAAGCUUUAGCAUCGGCUGGACCUGGUGGCUCUUUAGUAUCUUAUUUAAUCAUUUCUGUUAUGGUUUAUUUCGUUAUGACAAGUUUAGCUGAAUUAGCAACACAAUAUCCGAUAAGUGGUUCCUUCAAUACAUUUGGAAGUCGAUUUGUUGAUGAAGCUUUUGGAUUUGCAUUAGCAUACAAUUAUUAUUUUUCUUGGGUAACAACGAUCGCAGGUGAAUUAGUUGCUGCUGGUCUCAUUGUUCAAUAUUGGUUGCCACACUUUCCCUCAAUUGUUUGGUCAAUCCUGGGAAUGUUAGUUAUGUUUUUAUUAAAUGCAUUUACAGUGAAAGGUUAUGGUGAAGCUGAAUAUUGGUUUGCAAUGAUUAAGGUCAUAACUGUACUCGUAUUUCUACUUGUUGGUGUUCUUGUUGAUUCGGGUGCUAUUGGAAAACCAAGAGAAACAAUUGGUUUUAAGAAUUGGAAAAUUGAAGGUGCACCUUUUGUUGGAGGAGUUGCUGGUGUUAUUACAACAUCGAUUAUAUCUGGUUUUGCUUUUCAAGGAACAGAAGCAGUUGGAAUUGCAGCUGGUGAAAGUUCCAAUCCAAAAAAAGAUGUUCCACGUGCAAUGAAUGGAACAAUUUGGCGUAUUAUUUUAUUUUUUGUUGGUGCUAUUUUUAUUAUGGGUUUAAUUAUUCCAUAUAAUGAUAAAAAACUAAGUCAAAUUAAUGGUGUUGAUAGUAUCGCUGUUUCCCCAUUUACAUUAGUAUUUAGUCUAUCGGGUAUUCCAGGAGCUGAUCAUAUUAUGAAUGUUGUUAUUUUAACAACAAUCUUAUCAGCUGGUAAUUCAGGUCUUUAUUUAUGUACAAGAAUAUUUUGGACUUUAGCAAAUGAAGGCAAAGCACCGAAAAUCUUUCGUCGUUUAACAAAAGGUGGAAUACCAAUUUAUUGUUUAAUUUUAACAACUGUUUUAGCAACUUCUUUGUUUGGUUUAUCAUUUGUUGGAAAUCAAGUUAUUUAUAUUUGGUUAGUUAAUAUGACGAGUGUUAUGGGUUUCAUUGCUUGGUUUGGAAUCGCUAUUGCACAUUGGAGAUUUCGUCGAGCGUUUCUCGCACAAGGUUAUUCAUUGAAUGAUUUGGUUUAUAAAGCGUUAUUCUUUCCUGUUGGACCAUUUUUAGCAUCGCUACUUAUUUUACUUUGUGUUUUUGGACAAGGUUAUUCAGCAUUUACACAAAAAACCUUCAAUUGUACUCAGUUACAUGAAGAAGAAACCUAUCUUUUUGAAUUCAAUAAUCAAUAUUUAAUCGAUAGCGGAAAUUCAACGACGUGUACAAAAACAGUCUUUAAUGUUCAAACAUUUUUAUCUGGUUAUGUGAUCUUACCAAUCCUUGUUAUUAUGUUUUUCGUUUAUAAAUAUGUUAAGAAAACGAAAUUUAUUCCACUUAAAGAUAUUGAUUUACUUACUGAUAGUGUUAUGGAACGUGAUCGUUUGAAACGAGAAAGAAUACAACAAUUACAACAAACAGACGCUUAA